CGAGGGACUUUGGUGCGGCCCCCCCGGGAGCGCAGGGUGGCAGCACUGUGUCCGGGUGGGUCGCUCGCGGUCACCUGCCCGCGGGGGCGGAGCGCGGCGCCCAGGCGCACCCGCCUCCCGCCUCUUGCUCCCGCCCCGGGAGGAAGCGGAGGGGCGCGGUGUAAACAGAGCGGCGGCCGUGAUGUCAGCCGGUCACAUGGAGCCUCUUAUGGCUCGGGAUGGCUCUCGGCGGGCGGGCAGCUGCGGCAGCUGCUGCUGUGGCUCGGGCGGCGGCGGCAAGAGGGGGCUCCGGGGUCGGACGGUCGGCUCUCCCUGCGCUCUCCGCACCGCGGUGUAAAGGAUGUAUUUUGUGAUCGCAGCGAUGAAAGCUCAAAUUGAAAUUAUUCCAUGCAAGAUCUGUGGAGACAAAUCGUCAGGAAUCCAUUAUGGUGUCAUUACGUGUGAAGGCUGCAAGGGCUUUUUCAGGAGAAGUCAGCAAAGCAAUGCCACCUACUCCUGUCCUCGUCAGAAGAACUGUUUGAUCGAUCGGACCAGCAGAAACCGCUGCCAGCACUGUCGGCUGCAGAAAUGCCUGGCCGUGGGGAUGUCUCGAGAUGCUGUCAAGUUUGGCCGGAUGUCCAAGAAGCAACGAGACAGCUUGUACGCCGAGGUGCAGAAGCACCGGAUGCAGCAGCAGCAGCGAGACCACCAGCAGCAGCCUGGGGAGGCUGAGCCACUGACGCCCACCUACAACAUCUCAGCCAAUGGGCUGACGGAACUGCAUGAUGACCUCAGCACCUACAUGGACGGGCACACCCCCGAGGGCAGCAAGGCCGACUCAGCAGUCAGCAGCUUCUACCUGGACAUCCAGCCUUCCCCAGACCAGUCGGGAUUGGACAUCAACGGGAUCAAACCAGAACCCAUAUGUGACUACACACCAGCAUCUGGCUUCUUCCCCUACUGUUCCUUCACCAAUGGAGAGACUUCCCCAACCGUGUCCAUGGCAGAACUAGAACACCUUGCACAGAACAUAUCCAAAUCCCACCUGGAAACCUGCCAAUACUUGCGGGAAGAACUCCAGCAGAUAACGUGGCAGACCUUCCUGCAGGAGGAGAUUGAGAACUACCAGAACAAGCAGAGAGAGGUGAUGUGGCAGCUGUGUGCCAUCAAGAUUACAGAAGCUAUCCAGUAUGUGGUAGAGUUUGCCAAACGCAUUGAUGGAUUUAUGGAGCUGUGUCAAAAUGAUCAAAUUGUGCUUCUAAAAGCAGGCUCUCUAGAGGUGGUGUUUAUUAGGAUGUGCCGUGCCUUUGACUCUCAGAACAACACCGUGUACUUUGAUGGGAAGUAUGCUAGCCCUGAUGUCUUCAAAUCCUUAGGUUGUGAAGACUUCAUUAGCUUUGUGUUUGAAUUUGGGAAGAGUUUGUGUUCUAUGCACCUGACUGAAGACGAAAUCGCAUUAUUUUCUGCCUUUGUACUGAUGUCAGCGGAUCGCUCGUGGCUUCAGGAAAAGGUAAAAAUAGAAAAACUGCAACAGAAAAUUCAGCUAGCCCUUCAGCAUGUCCUACAGAAGAACCACCGAGAAGAUGGAAUUCUAACAAAGCUAAUAUGCAAGGUGUCUACGUUAAGAGCCCUAUGUGGACGACAUACAGAAAAGCUUACGGCAUUUAAAGCAAUAUACCCAGACAUUGUGCGACUCCAUUUUCCUCCGUUAUACAAGGAAUUGUUCACUUCAGAAUUUGAGCCAGCAAUGCAAAUCGAUGGGUAAAUGUAGCACCUGAGCACUUCGAGAACAUCUGGAGUACAAACAUGAAAGUAAGAAAGAAAAUAAAAAAGGAAACAAAACAAUAACAAUGAAGACACAUUUAACUGAGACACUUUCUAUGGCCCUGCACAGCCCUGGAGCGCCAACACACUGCACAGACAUCUUGUGGUGAUCGGGGUUCAGGCACAAAGGGGAAACAAUCAAAUCCAAUAAAAGCUGAACUUGUUUUGCUCAUGCAUAUGAUUUCCACUAUGCCUACAGAUAUGGACCCUUUUUCUGUCUCAGCUUCUAGAGCGGUUGACCUCGGCAUAUAACAGGAGGAGGGUACUACAGUCGGAGGAGUCCCUUUUCUCAUAGCUCACUGCCCACAGACUCUUACGGGUAACAACAGAGUCCAGCGUUAAUCGGUGACCCCGGUGUGUAUGGCGGGAGUGGCGGCGUUACUUUGCACAGCUUGCUUUUCUGUGUCAUGAAGGAAGAUUUUGUUUCUCUCACCGAUUAUUGCCGGUCAGCAGGAUGGUGUGAAAAGGGGAUCCUUAGCGCUCGCAACAAUAGCAUUAUAAUAUAUUACACAGGGUAAAUGGGCAUGAAGACUAUAUAUAGCUAAAGAGAUAUUGUUUAUAUAUUGUUUUAAUUAAUAUAAAAUGUAGUGACUGGCGUAGCUUUUCCUGUUGAAUUGAUAAGGCACUUUCCGUUUUGCACCUUUUUGUUUCCUUUAAAUUAAAUGCUAGCGUGUUCACUGUCGCCGUGUCGCAUGUACACCAGAAACACAAGUUUAGCUGAGAAGGCUUGGAAGGUACGUCGGGAGGUAUUUAUGCUGCUGUUUACAAAAA